CCCAGUCUGUAUUGUGUCUGUGGGUGAAGUCUGAGGAGAACCACUAAAUCUACAAACCUUAACCAGUGUUUGUCCGGGACUCAUUUCCAAAACAAGCCGUGACAUGGAGGUCAGCGCAGAGGCCAAGAGGAUCAUGGUGGUGGCUUUGGGGAAACUGUACAGCUCCCGCACCCAGAGAGGGGGUCUCCGUCUUCACCGAAGCCUCCUGCUGACUCUGGUGAUGAAAUCCGCCCGGGACAUGUACCAUGCGGCCCAGGCGACGGCGGAGAGUGUUGCCCCGGUGUGUGAACAGCAGCCCACCAUGGAGGUGACCACGGAGCCUGCAGGUGCUCAAAUGGAGCUCCAGGGUGCCACCGAAACACCUCGGACUUUACCCGGAGAGGAGGUCGCGGCCUCCCCCACAGAGCUCCGCCACGACGCGGACAACAAGGAGAACAUGUCCCCGACUGGCCCGACACAGCAGUCCAGGAAGAGACGGGGCAAAGCGGCUGUGGAGCCGGACUUCCUCCCGUGCAAGAAAGCAAAACUUGAGCAACAGCAUCUCAUUGUAAAUACAGUUUUGCUGGACUAUGUGAACUGCAGCAGUGAGCUGGGAGCCCCCCCUGCCCCCAUGCCUCUACACAGAGCCAUUGCAGCGUGUUGAAAACCUGCGCGGAUUAAAGGCUAUAAACUUUUCGACACGUCCUGGGAGCCUGAACGCACCGUCAGAGGGCCUCUUACCGGGAAAAUCGGAACAAGGUGUCCUGGAGCGUGACUCUGAACAAGCCCGGACUUGUCACAGGAAUCACGGAAGUUGAUGUGUAGUAGUCCCGGUGACUUUUGGCCUAGUUAUUGGCCACAGCUCGCAGGAAGGACCGGCUUCAGCUGGCCAGAGGCGGAACUAAAGAGACUGGUUGAUCUGAAUGAGCUGCCUUCAUGAACUCUCACAGCUCAGAAUACAUUUUACAAGUGUGGGGACCAGAGAUGACACAAUGUUGGAGAUAUGUUGAUAAUAUCAAAUGUAAAACAUUCAAUGACAACUACCUCAGUAUUUAUUAAACUUUUUUUUGUACUUAAAAUGAA